GAGUUUAAAAGGACCAGUUUGUGCGCGAGAGAGGCGUGUGGAGAGUAAGUCUGUUAGUGGAAGUUUUCAGUAAGAUUCCAGGUUCACAGCAGGAAUAAUGAUGUUCUGCAGAGCGGCUUGGCAAAGACUUGCACCUCUGGCACGCAAAACACUCUCUCCUUUAUCCAGCAAUGCUGUUUUCCCUACACGACAGAUGUCCUUUGGGCUACCUGCGUCCGGUACAAAUAUAGCUUACUUGGUGAUUGGUGGAAGCUCGCUUACUGCUGCUCUCGUUUAUGCUUAUAAGACAAUAAACUCUGACAGUGCAAGAUAUAAUGAAAGAAUCGCUCAACUCGAGGCCAGACCAAAAAGUGAGGAGGUCCAUAUAGGAGCAGUGGCCAACGUUGCCCCGGUAACAGAAGCGGCUGCGAUUGUGGAAACCGCGAUAGCUGAAAACACCACUAUUGUUGAGGUCACAGCAGCAGAACCUGUCAUAGAGGUGGUUGAUGUGGAGGCUGAAGAGACCCCAGAACAUGUGGAUGCAGCAAUGGAGGUUGAGGCAGAAACUACCAUUGUACAGGCAGUAGCAGCUGAUGCUGAGGAACCUACUACACCUGUUGUUGAGGAUGUUGCUGCUGAGGCUGCUGCUCCUAUUGCCGAGACAACCGGUGAGGCAUCUUCUGUUGAGGAAGCAGCCUGAAUACUGAGCAGUCUAGAUGUAAACCCUUUGUGAAUCUUCCCAACCCACCUUGGAACGCUCCAUUAAGUUGUAGAGACUCCUGCUGUUGUGCUCCUUUUAACUGACUGUCUGUGUCCUCUGAAAGAAGUGUCCUUUUUCAACUUGUGAACUCCACAGGGUGGUAAUCCCACAAUGACAGUGAGGAGGAGAGGUUGAGGAUGUCCAAGAACAAGUCUUGAAGAUUUAAGAAAAAAACAUAAACAUGGCAAUGCACUUAAAUUGCAAUUGGCCUUUUUAUUAUUCCAGUCUGUGUUUUGAAACUUGAAUAUCUAUAAUGUAUUUUUUUAACCUCUCCUCCUCAUGACAUACCCUCACUCAUGUGUGUGCAGGGAGACAUUAGUCUUAAAUAACUCAUAUUGACAAUGUUGUUUUUUUUGACAACAACAACAACAGGCAAACAUUUUAUGGACACGUGCCAGGGUUGUGCGUCAUUCAGAACUUAAUUGAAAAUGCUUUUUAAAUUCCAGUGGUACUUUUAAAUUUCCAGUUGGUAGUUUUGAAUUGAAUUUGAAUUAAAAUAUAAACACACACAUACCAUUCCAGACUUAAUGUGGGGCGUGGCAAUUUUUGAACAUGUCUGACCUAUUUUGGAGUCUUUCUAUACAUGCAUUCCAAACCACCAUGGUCUUAUUAGCAAUUCUUCAAGGGAGAUCUUUUUUAUGUUGUAUAAAUGUUUUUCCACCUGUGAAUGUGGACCUCUUUCAGAUUUUGGGAUGGAGACAGUUAAUCAUCUCUGUGAAUAUCUCUUAACCCUCUGGUCCUCCUUGUGUGGUGGUCAAAAAUGCCUUUUUUUUUUUUUUUUUUUUUUUUUUAAUGAAAUGAAUGUACUAUAUUUUAGUUCAAUAUUUUUUUUUUUUUUUUUUUUUAUAUUUUGUAUUUUUAAGGGGAUUUUAUUGUACUAAAUUAGAUUUAUGCAGUAGUUAUAAUCCAUUUAUUCACUUUUUGAGAAUAGACCUGAAAAUGAAAGAUUUUUCAUUUUGAAGGAAGAUAUUUGGAAGAAUGUUUGUAACCAAGCAGAUCACGCCCAAAGAUCAUGCACAAAAAACUUUUUAAUUUUUAUGUGAAAUAUAUAUUUUCAAAACCAUGUUUUAUUCUAAAACUACAAGGAAAAUCAAAGCCAUAAAGCCACAAAUUUGAGGUUGAUAUCUCAAAAAAUUAGCUUUCAGUAAGAUUUUGUCUGGACACAGUACCAAAUGUAUGUGGUUUUUUUUGGUCAAUAAUGACCGAAGAGCACCAGAGGGUUAAAAUGUGAAAUAUCAUAAGGAAACAUUGUGCUAGUAUCACCUACACAUCAUAAUACUUGACACUGGAGACAUUUGCUCUUAUUCUCAAUGCUGUUUUUGGAAUUAAGGCUCGACCAACUCCGAAUUUAUGUUGAUUCUAGUUUUUAAAACUGACAAAAUAUUUGUAUCCCCUAAAUAAAGUGUUUAAAAAUAA